UGGCCGCUGCGGACGUGUGUUGGAGCCCACGCCGCCCGUUUCGAUCCGUGUGUGCUGGUGAGCGAGCGCCGACGAGAGUGAAUGUGAAACGCUGAAACGUGUCGCGCAUGCGCCGCGUCCACUUCGUCUUCUUCACCGUUAUCGUGGCUGUGUGUGCGGGUCUUUGUGGUUGUCGCCAUGCGAAAUUGCUCAAAUUGUUUGGAAAAUAGUGCAAAAACCCGAUAAACAUAAAACACCCACCACUGGACAUCAUUGGAUAUUUUUUGUGGAUCUUUUUUUUGAGCUUGCCGUCUCUUUUGCUCGCCCACAAACAAACGAUUCACCCUCUCUGUCACUUGCUCAGUAUGUGUGUGUUGUGCAAUAAUUGGAAACCAUGGGAUCUCAACUGAGUGAAAAUCAAAGUGUGAACCAAAUGUGAUGAAACUCAAAGUAAUGCAAAUUAAGCCCAUGCCCUCAACGUCAAUCCUCGCCCCAAGUGAUAGUUUGCUUAAUUAAUUUAACAAUACAAACGCGUCGUAAUCGACCGAUAUUCGAGCAGCACAAUAGCGAAAAAACGAAUAAAAUACAUAGUACAUAAAAAUUGUUUGCAAUCAAUAUGAGUGUUCCAAGUGCGCCCCCUCAGAGGGCAGCAAGCGAAAAGCGAAACCCAUGUCCCGGCCGAAAACACAAGCUCCGGCACCAAUUGCCCGGGGCAACUUGUGGAGGAGCCCUGCUGCUGCUGCUACUGAUUAGCCUCGGUCUGGAUCUGGGCUCCGUGCAUUGUUAUGAGAAAAUGUACAGCCAGACGGAGAAGCAGCGCUACGAUGGCUGGUACAAUAACUUGGCCCAUCCCGACUGGGGAUCCGUGGAUAGCCACCUGGUGCGCAAGGCACCGCCCUCCUAUUCCGACGGGGUCUACGCGAUGGCCGGGGCCAACCGGCCCUCGACCCGACGACUCAGCCGGCUCUUCAUGCGGGGAAAGGACGGACUGGGAUCGAAGUUCAACCGGACGGCGCUGCUGGCCUUCUUCGGCCAGCUGGUGGCCAACGAGAUCGUGAUGGCCUCCGAGUCCGGCUGCCCCAUCGAGAUGCACCGCAUCGAGAUCGAGAAGUGCGACGAGAUGUAUGACCGGGAGUGCCGCGGCGACAAGUACAUCCCCUUCCACAGGGCGGCCUACGAUCGGGACACCGGGCAGAGCCCCAAUGCGCCAAGGGAACAGAUAAACCAAAUGACUGCUUGGAUUGACGGCAGUUUCAUUUACAGCACCUCCGAGGCCUGGCUGAACGCCAUGCGCUCCUUCCACAACGGCACCCUGCUCACCCAGAAGGACGGCAAGCUCCCAGUGCGGAACACCAUGCGCGUCCCGCUCUUCAACAACCCGGUGCCGAGUGUCAUGAAGAUGCUCAGUCCCGAGCGGCUCUUUCUCCUUGGCGAUCCGCGCACCAACCAGAAUCCCGCCAUCCUCUCCUUCGCCAUCCUCUUCCUGCGCUGGCACAACACUCUGGCCCAAAGAAUCAAGCGAACGCAUCCGGAUUGGAGUGACGAGGACAUCUACCAGCGGGCUCGUCACACGGUGAUUGCCAGUCUGCAGAACGUGAUUGUCUACGAGUACCUGCCCGCCUUCCUGGGAACCUCUCUUCCGCCUUACGAAGGCUACAAGCAGGACAUACAUCCUGGCAUUGGACACAUCUUCCAGGCGGCGGCCUUCCGCUUUGGCCACACAAUGAUUCCGCCGGGAAUUUACAGGCGAGAUGGCCAGUGCAACUUCAAGGAAACCCCAAUGGGAUAUCCGGCAGUCAGACUGUGCUCCACUUGGUGGGAUUCCAGCGGGUUCUUUGCGGACACCAGCGUGGAGGAGGUUCUCAUGGGUCUCGCUUCGCAAAUUUCCGAACGUGAGGAUCCUGUUCUUUGCUCAGAUGUGAGGGACAAGCUGUUCGGACCCAUGGAGUUUACGCGCCGUGAUCUGGGAGCACUUAAUAUAAUGCGGGGAAGGGAUAAUGGCUUGCCCGAUUACAAUACCGCCAGAGAGUCUUACGGUUUGAAGAGACACAAAACCUGGACGGAUAUCAAUCCUCCGCUUUUUGAAACGCAACCAGAGCUUUUGGAUAUGCUAAAGGAAGCCUACAACAACCAGUUGGAUGAUGUGGAUGUCUACGUGGGUGGAAUGUUGGAGUCCUACGGUCAGCCUGGGGAAUUCUUCACGGCGGUGAUAAAGGAGCAAUUUAUGCGCCUGCGCGACGCCGAUCGCUUUUGGUUCGAGAACGAGCGCAAUGGGAUAUUCACGCCCGAGGAGAUAGUGGAGCUGCGCAAGAUCACGCUGUGGGACAUCAUCGUGAACAGCACGGACAUCAACGAGGACGAGAUCCAGAAGGACGUGUUCAUGUGGCGCACCGGAGAUCCCUGUCCGCAGCCCAUGCAGCUGAAUGCCACGGAACUGGAGCCCUGCACUUAUCUGGAGGGCUACGACUACUUCUCCGGCUCGGAGCUGAUGUUCAUCUACGUGUGCGUCUUCCUGGGAUUCGUUCCCAUUUUGUGUGCCGGAGCUGGUUACUGUGUGGUCAAGUUGCAGAACAGCAAGCGGCGGCGGCUGAAGAUCCGCCAGGAGGCACUUAGGGCUCCGCAGCACAAGGGAUCCGUGGACAAGAUGCUCGCCAGGGAGUGGCUCCACGCCAAUCACAAGCGAUUGGUCACGGUGAAGUUUGGCCCGGAGGCAGCUAUCUACACGGUGGAUCGAAAGGGCGAAAAGCUAAGAACCUUCAGCCUGAAGCACGUGGACGUGGUCAGUGUGGAGGAGUCUGCCACCAAUCACAUCAAGAAGAAGCCGUACAUCCUGCUGCGAGUGCCCAGCGAUCACGACUUGGUUCUGGAGCUGGAAUCCUAUGGAGCGCGGAGGAAGUUCGUGAAGAAGCUGGAGGACUUCCUGCUGCUGCACAAGAAGGAGAUGACCCUGGUGGAGGUCAACAGGGACAUCAUGUUGGCGCGGGCGGAGACGCGGGAGCGGCGGCAGAAGCGCCUGGAGUACUUCUUCCGGGAGGCGUACGCUUUGACCUUUGGCCUGCGACCAGGAGAACGGAGGAGGCGGUCGGAUGCCUCCAGCGAUGGCGAGGUGAUGACCGUCAUGCGGACCAGCCUCUCCAAGGCGGAGUUCGCCGCGGCACUGGGAAUGAAGCCGAACGACAUGUUCGUGCGCAAGAUGUUCAACAUCGUGGACAAGGACCAGGACGGCAGGAUCAGCUUCCAGGAAUUCCUCGAGACCGUGGUGCUCUUCUCGCGCGGCAAGACCGACGACAAGCUGCGCAUCAUCUUCGACAUGUGCGACAAUGAUCGAAAUGGUGUGAUCGACAAGGGUGAGCUGAGCGAGAUGAUGCGAUCGCUGGUGGAGAUCGCGAGGACCACGAGUCUGGGCGACGACCAGGUCACCGAGCUGAUCGACGGCAUGUUCCAGGACGUGGGACUCGAGCACAAGAACCAUCUGACCUACCAGGACUUCAAGCUGAUGAUGAAGGAGUACAAGGGCGACUUCGUGGCCAUCGGACUGGACUGCAAGGGCGCCAAGCAGAACUUCCUGGACACCUCGACGAAUGUGGCCAGGAUGACCUCGUUCAACAUCGAACCCAUGCAGGACAAGCCCAGGCAUUGGUUGCUGGCCAAGUGGGAUGCCUACAUCACGUUCCUGGAGGAGAACAGGCAGAACAUCUUCUACCUGUUCCUGUUCUACGUGGUCACCAUUGUGCUCUUCGUGGAGCGCUUCAUCCACUACUCCUUCAUGGCGGAGCACACGGACCUGCGACACAUCAUGGGCGUGGGCAUCGCCAUAACCAGGGGCUCGGCCGCCUCGCUGUCCUUCUGCUACUCCCUGCUGCUGCUGACCAUGUCCAGGAACCUGAUCACCAAGCUCAAGGAGUUCCCCAUCCAGCAGUACAUUCCGCUGGACUCGCACAUCCAGUUCCACAAGAUCGCCGCCUGCACGGCGCUCUUCUUCUCGGUUCUGCACACGGUGGGUCACAUCGUCAACUUCUACCACGUGUCCACGCAGUCGCACGAGAACCUGCGAUGCCUGACCAGGGAGGUGCACUUCGCCUCCGACUACAAGCCGGACAUCACCUUCUGGCUGUUCCAAACGGUCACCGGCACCACGGGCGUCAUGCUGUUCAUCAUCAUGUGCAUCAUCUUCGUGUUCGCCCAUCCCACGAUCCGGAAGAAGGCCUACAACUUCUUUUGGAACAUGCACACCCUGUACAUCGGCCUGUACCUCCUGAGUUUGAUCCACGGCCUGGCCAGACUGACUGGACCUCCGCGCUUCUGGAUGUUCUUCCUGGGACCGGGAAUCGUGUACACCCUGGACAAGAUCGUCUCGCUGCGCACCAAGUACAUGGCCCUGGACGUGAUCGACACCGACCUGCUGCCCUCCGAUGUGAUCAAGAUCAAGUUCUACCGCCCGCCGAAUCUGAAGUAUCUUUCUGGCCAGUGGGUGCGGCUGUCCUGCACCGCCUUCCGCCCGCAUGAGAUGCACAGCUUCACGCUGACCUCGGCGCCGCACGAGAACUGCCUGAGCUGCCACAUCAAGGCGCAGGGGCCGUGGACCUGGAAGCUGCGCAACUACUUCGAUCCCUGCAACUACAACCCGGAGGACCAGCCCAAGAUCCGCAUCGAGGGUCCCUUCGGCGGUGGCAACCAGGACUGGUACAAGUUCGAGGUGGCCGUGAUGGUGGGCGGCGGCAUCGGGGUCACCCCGUACGCCUCCAUCCUGAACGAUUUGGUCUUCGGCACCAGCACCAACCGAUAUUCGGGCGUGGCCUGCAAGAAGGUGUACUUCCUGUGGAUCUGCCCGUCCCACAAGCACUUCGAGUGGUUCAUCGACGUGCUGCGCGAUGUGGAAAAGAAGGAUGUGACCAACGUCCUGGAGAUCCACAUAUUCAUCACGCAGUUCUUCCACAAGUUCGAUCUGCGAACGACAAUGCUGUACAUCUGUGAGAACCACUUCCAGCGUUUGUCGAAGACCUCAAUAUUCACCGGUCUCAAGGCGGUCAAUCAUUUUGGUCGUCCGGACAUGUCCAGCUUCUUGAAGUUUGUUCAAAAGAAGCACUCCUAUGUCUCCAAAAUAGGUGUCUUCUCCUGCGGUCCUCGUCCGCUGACCAAGAGCGUGAUGUCCGCCUGUGAUGAAGUGAACAAGACGCGCAAGUUGCCCUAUUUCAUUCACCAUUUCGAGAACUUUGGAUAGAGGAUAGCCGAGAUAAACCUGCCAGUUUUUUUCUGUCCCGAGCUUCGAUCUGCCUCCCAGUGUCCCUCUCAACGAAAUCUAAUUGUAGUCUUAAGGUUCAUUCAUUAGGUUAGGCGAAUUCGGUGGCUCAAACGUACUUAACUCGCCGUCCCUCAAUCGUAGGCUACUCGUACAAUCAUUAAUUAGUCAAGUUUCGUCUAGAGCAUUAUGAAAAUGUAUCCCAUUGUAACAAAAUCACUGCGACCACAGCAAGAACAACAAAAAGGCCUCUUCUUAUAUAUGUCUCAAGCCGUCAUUGACUGCGGUUUUGGUGGUAUCUGUGGAAAACUUUCUGUGCCGAAAUGCGUAACAAAGGAUUGUUCGACCUUGUUCGUCCCUACUAAGAAUUGAUGACAUGGUAAUCAGAAAUGGUAACCCAGAGUUCACAUAAUGAUUAAAACUGCAAAUAAUAAAGUUCAGGAAUCACUCCUCUUAA